AUGUUCGAAGAGCUUCUAGAUCAUCGUGCGCUACUAACGACAGCUUCGAAAAGAAGUCAGCUCAAGUUUCUCAUACUAGAACAAAUCUAUGCUAAUGUAUUGAAGGCCAUCGAACAGGAACUAGCUCCGGCAGUGCUCCUAACCAACGCCCAGCGGUCAAAAUUACGACGGCAAAUUGCCCAAGAAUACUCCGAACGACCAUUGCCAGAGGCAACUUUUGAGACCUGGCAUAGUGGCCUAGAAGGCGAUUCCAAAUUGGUCGCUCGCCCUGAGUUGGAAGAUGAGGAUGAAAAUUCUGGCCGGAAGCGGAAACGCAGAUCCAAAAAGAAAGAAAUUUUGCUGGAGAAUACGGGGUAUAAGGGCGGCGAUUUUGAUCUAUAUGUCAAACAGAAGCUAGUAAAGGAGAUCUUAGAAAGUGAUCAGGGCUCGCAAGCGGAGCCCAAUCCAGAGCCGACGCCUGAAAAUGAAGAUAAUUCUCGAAACGAGCUGUCGCUGCCCGAUGCAUCGUCAGACCUGGAUUCUGACUCCGAUCUGGAUUCCGAUUCGAGCUCAGACCUGGACUCCAACUCGGAGCUGGACUCCAAUUCGGAGCUGGAUUCCAACUCAAGACGAAAAAAGAACUCCAAACUGAAGUCCAAGUCUAAAACGAACCCAAAUUCAAAGACGGGCUCUGGAUCGGAACUGGAUUCAGACUCAGAUCUGGGCUUACAUCCUGAUGCGGCAUACGCUCGCAAAAAGCUUGCACAGCUACAGUCAGGGGUUUUGAGCACAGCGCAACAUCCGCGUCGUCAAUGGGCGGUUGACCGCUAUGUGGCGAUGUCCUUGGGAUGGGAUGUUCCUGGUGCAUGGCUGGAUGCUUCUGACUAUUCGCUCUUGAAGCUGCAUGUGCGGUCUCUCAGAUUACUCAUGCACUCACUGAUUCUUCAAAGAAGAUGGCAAGCUGCAUACAAAGUACUCACAGUGCUCCUUCGCUUUGAAUUUGUAGACAAGAGGGCCAUCUGGCCACUUGCGCUUGAAAUCAUCCUUCAGAGAAAACUGGAGCUUUUGAAACAACGCAAGUUACCCAAAACAGAAAUGAACAAGGAAACGCAGUUCUUGGAAUGGAUUCUGCUUUGCUUUCCUAUCGGCAAAGUGCCGUUUUUCCAGCUGCGCUCUUAUCUAGGUCCAGUGUAUAGAACUGGAUCUCGAACACAUGCGCCCAUGAGUAUCAUAACUGGUUUAUGGAAUCUCUUGGUUGAUCAACGAUUUACACGAGUGCGCGAGGAUUUAGAUGAUUUACUCCUUCAUCCCCCUUAUUCAUCGGAUGGUGCGUUUCUGUUAUUGCUAGCCAUGUGCUGCUUGGCAGAAAACAAUGCACUCAUUUCAUUAUAUAAAAAAUUCGACGAGUGCGGUGGCUUCUUUGACGACUCCCAGCUAGUUGGAGACCUAGCUAACGAACCAGGACUCACGUCGUCGAAAGAGACAUUGAAAACUCGAAUCCUCAACAACAAUGCACAAGUACGCAAGAUGUUGGAGCAAUGCGAAAAAUUGAAAUUCGAAGUUCCUAAACAAAAAAUAGAGGCUCAAUUGAUCGAGGCCUGGCAGCUCCUUGGUCUUCAAACUGAUCUAGAGCCUCCAGAAAUAACGAGGGACACUCUCGAUACCGAAAAAUCACACAAUAACGAAUGGUCGCUCAAGAGUGGCCUCAUAACACAAGCUAACGAUUCAGUCAACGUCAUUCCUGAGAAGUUUCUCUACAGAUUUGUUAAGGCGGCAACUGUCUUCGAUCCGAAAUGGUUUAAUGAGCUAUACACUAAAUCUAACCUGGGCAAAUUCUCUUGCCGUGUAUGCGGAGAUGCCGUUCUCGAAGCCUCGGCUACUGAAAAUGAGCUUGUGAGUCAUUUAAAAACGCACGGUGUUUCAGAGAUAAAUUGGAAUCAGUAUGGCCCGUCUCCAGUCACAAUGGCUGAGAUGGUGAAAGAGCAAGAUCCGACACUCUUAGCUGAGUUAGAGAACUGUCAGAACGGGAACCUGUUACCUGAAGCUCCUGCAAUAGUUGAAAAUGCAGACACAAGUAUUGCUGGUCAAGAAUCUUCUCUGUCUGCUUCAGAAAGUGAAGAACUGCCGCAACAAUCUGCGGGACCCAGUACUCUUGGAGCAGAAAAGUCAGAUCAAUCAGAACAAUCAGAUUCGUCUGAAGCUAAUUCCAGGAUUUCGAGUCCCGAAAACCUGCUGGUCGCAACACCAGGUUCAGAGGAAGAGGAUGAUUCAGACGAGCACACAAACAAGAAAGGUUUUUUCAGCCCUACAUCCUCUCUUCCGACUCAGGAUACUCAAAACAUCUCAACCUUGAAGGAUUACACACAGCAGAGGAAUGACAACACAGACAGCUUGAAGUUUUUCGGUGAAGAAGAAUGGGUGACUGCCGACAACAACGCAGGAGAGGAGCUAAGUGAUGACGGCUCCACGAGAUUUGAGGAUGCACUUGAAUCGCAGAGGACUAUCUACCCCGACUUGAGUGAUAGUGAGGGAGACAAUGAUGAGUUUAAGCCAAAAAAGAAGAAGCAAAAGAGUCAACCAUUGGAGAUGGACUUUGAUUUUGACUUUGAUUAA